CAUGCUUAUACAAAGAUCAACUGUGGACGUAUCUGAUAUUGUUUUCUAUUACAUUGUUAAUACAGAUAACAGAGUGAUAAAAGUAAUUGUAUUGUAGCCUAAAUUGAUAGCGCACAAAUCCUCUCGUAAAAUCAUAAAAUUUAAAGCGAAAAUGCCUGCGUUUUGUUAAGUGAAAGUUAAGUUAGCAGUCAGGUGACGCAAAAAUACCAACACUGCUUUGAGGAAGGUUACAUGUAGCAAAUGAGUAUCGUGUCUUGUGUUUAGUUAGUCGAAACCCAAACAAUUUGUUAACAACAUGUAGCAACAAAAGUGCGGUUGACCAGUUGCAUCAGUGUAACCUAAAAUGGACCUUGGUUCGCAUUCGAGAAAUAGUUCUGUGUCGGGUAGUUUAGUGUCGCAAAAUUCGACACGGUAUGUGAAAAAUCGUCGAAGGGAUGUCGGGGAUCGGGUGACAAUAACGUCGGAUUCAAAAGUGUAUUUGAAUACGUCCGAUAACAAUGACGUCGAUAAUAAGGCAGUAAACAAUCGCGAAAACAAAGCGGAGUGUGAUACAGAUUUUAAUAAAGUCGGUGAUUUAAUUCGAACAUCCAAGGACUUACCUAAACUCAAGAACAAAAUCUUCGAGGAUAGUAUCGAGAGUCAAGAAAUAUCAUUCUAUAUAGAAUCACAUAGUGAUGAUGAUGAUACACCAGAAUAUGAAGAUAUCGUCUACGAUUCAUUUGAAAGUGAUAGUGAAGGUGAAUAUUACAAUAUUACUGAGUUUCAGCAGGUGGAGUUACGACACGAUGUUACAAACACUCCACUUCCACCAGAACCAAGAAAUACCGAGUCGAAUGGAUUUGACAAAUUCACAAAAAAUAUUAGUAAAUUUAAAAAGAAUUUCUCCAGAGACAUCACAAAGUCACUACGAAGGUUUUCUAGGAAGAUCUAUCAACAAGAUAUAGACAUAGAUAAAAAAGACGAAGGUAUACCAUCACCCAUAAUAAAUGACAGUGAGCCAUUAAGAAAAGUCUCCAAGGAUGAAAGCAUAAAAUCAGAAAAAACAGAUACUACAAAACAAGACAGUUUCUUGUCUAGGAUACGACGAAGUGUCUCCCUUUCAGCUGUAUCUGUAACUAAUUUAUCAAAUUAUUUCGAAAAUCAAAACAAUACUCAGAACCAAAGAAGAAGCAUUUUCUAUUUGAAUGAUCCGAGCAAUAAUGUCAACGAGAAUGAGAUAAUCGAGGAAAAGGUGAUAAAGAACGAAUCGCCUUUAGAGACGCCUACUAAACCAAAUAGGUCUAAAAUGGUAAGGCCGAGAAUGCCACCUCCUCCGGUGCCACCUAAAAACAAUGUCCUCGAGAAAUUGUUGAAAGAACAAGAAAGCAAAAAGGCAAUCAGAUCCUCGGUAAUAUCCAAAACUGAUUCAAAAGCCGACGAAAAUAAGUCAUGGUAUAGUCAUGUGGGAUUAUAUUCUUCGAGAACACUACCUACACUGCCAACACAAGAAGUUGAAGAAGAUAGCCGGCAACCAAGUCCGCGACCAAAAUCUUUAAAGCUAAGUACCGAGAAAGAAUCUACAAAGGGCAGAGUAUUCUCCAGCGUUAUAGAAGAACUAAAUUUUAAACUGAACAAAAACAACAGCGAGACGAACAAUAUACAUAACAGUGUUAAUAAUAACUUCGAAACAGAAAGUAACUACAACAAUCAGAGCAUGUAUAGUUACAGCAGUGGUGAUUCCAAGAAAGAUGAUUCUUCCGUAACAUACGGCACUCAUGACACAACGUUCUUUGAGGAUGAACCACUCUAUCAGUUUUAUGACGCUGCCGUAUUUGACUCUGUUAGCGAUGACCUGCCUUCCGAUUGCGAGUCCGACAUUUACGAAGACAUGGAACAAAUGAACGAAAACUACAUUUCUUCUUCAACUAUAAAUGACUCAACAGAGGAUUUAGUCGAUCCACAAAAUCGGACAAUAACUUUUACGAAGAGUCUUUGGUGUGAAAUUCCUGAAGUAGUGAAAUCGACCGUUUUAAGUACUUUAAGCUCUCAACAGAAAAAGCUGCAAGAAGCUAAGUUCGAAAUCAUUACGUCAGAAGCAUCAUACUUACAUUCACUCAAUGUAUUAGCCGAUCAUUUCGAAAAGAAGUUCAAACACUCGAAUAUAGUAAAUGAAAUUGAGUUCGAAAUUAUUUUUGGAAAAAUUAAAUCAGUGAGAGCUUGCUCCAGAAAAAUACUCCACGAUUUUGAGAAAUGUUGGCAAAGUAAUGUUCUACUUGAUGGACUCUGUGAUCUUGUACAAAGGCAUGCUGAAGAAAAUUUCCAUGUAUAUAUACCUUACUGUGAAAAUCAAAUCUUAAUUAGUGAAACUCUUAAUAAAUUAAAGUAAGUAAAUAAUAUUUAAGAAA